GAGACGUUGAAGAGGCAAACUCUGCAACCUCCUCUGUUGUUGCAGGGCACAGAGGCCAGGGAGAGAGACGUUGGCGCGCGAGCUCUUCCCACCGGGGAGGGGGGUUCCUCUGUGGGCCCCACUCGAUUCCUCCCUAUAAAUACGCCACUAAUUAACCCAACUUCUCCCCCCUUAAAAUCUCCGCCCACCCCCCAAAAAAAAAGAAAGAAAGAAAGAAAGAAAGAGAGAAAGAAAAAUCUCCAUCGACAUUCCCAAUUCCCAAUUAUCAAAAGAUGGCAAAAUUAUACGCAGCAAUAAUAAUAAUAUCCCUCCUGUCUCUCUGCACAUGGGGUGCAAUGUGUGCGACGUUCACAAUACGCAACAACUGCGGGUACACGGUGUGGCCGGGCAUGCUGUCCGGCGCCGGCACCGCGCCGCUGUCGACGACGGGGUUCGCGCUGGCGAGCGGGCAGUCGAGCUCGAUGGACGUGCCGUCGGGGUGGUCGGGCCGGUUCUGGGGCCGGACGCUCUGCUCCGCCGACGCCACCACCGGCGUAUUCUCCUGCGCCACCGGGGAUUGCGGGUCGGGGACCGUCGCCUGCUCCGGCACCGGCGCCGCUCCCCCCGCCACCCUCGCCGAGUUUACGCUCGACGGCAGCGGAGGGAUGGACUUUUACGACGUCAGCCUCGUCGACGGGUAUAACUUGCCUAUGCUGGUGGUGCCGCAGGGAGGGACGGCGGGCAAUUGUACUGCGACGGGGUGCCUGGUCGACCUGAACGGCGUCUGCCCGUCGGAUUUGAAGGUGGUGCUCUCCGCGGCCAACGGCGGAGGGGCCGCGGUGGCCUGCAAGAGUGCGUGCGAGGCGUUCGGGUCCCCGCAGUACUGCUGCAGCGGGGCGUACGGGAACCCCACCACCUGCAAGCCGUCCGCAUACUCCGAGUUCUUCAAGAACGCGUGCCCGCGGGCGUACAGCUACGCCUACGACGACGCCACCUCCACCUUCACCUGCGCCGGAGCCAACUACCUUAUCACCUUCUGCCCCAGCACCGCCAGCCAAAAAUCGUCAGGCGUGAAUUCGCAGGCGGCCGGCCUGCCGCUGGUCAAUGACACGAUGGUCUUCCUCGGCGGCGACAGCGAGGACGACACGAGCAGCUCCGCCGUAUCCCUUGCGGCAGCGCCUCGCCGCGCUCUCUCCUUCGCCCUCGCCCUCCUCACCGUCUCCUUGCUGCUGCUAAAGCAACAGCUCUUCUAAUCCUAGAUCCUAGACCUCUCUCCUCUACUAGUAUAUACUACCUACACCCAGUAUUAGAUUUUAUCCCAACAACACUCCUACGUGCUAAAAAUCGGGCCGUCGAAUGAAUGAAUUUCACAAGGAUGAUCUUCGGACCACAGGAUCGGUAAAGAUUCUACACGAAACCGUUUUGAAAAGUAUAGCAUCCAAUGGGCGGUUCACACGUCAGCAUCGUGGAUGGGGAUGGGCCCCACCGUGCUCAUUUUGUUUUUGUAUUUUUGUCUCGGGGCGGGAGCCUAACGUUAGAGAUUCGGACUCGAGCGGUGCUCACGAGACGGGCGGAAUACGAAGAGAGAUGGCGACGAAAGAGACAAAAUUAAGCAAAAAAGAAUAAUUUUCUUUUUUUUUUAGGGGAAAAAAAAAAAAAAAAACAAAAGCUGCGUUGAAAAUUUUUUGCAUUAUCUUUAUUGUGUUUUGUAUUGAUGAUUGUACUUCUUCUUUUUUUUUCUUCUUUUUCGAUUAGGUAUUGUUGAUUUUAUAAUUUAUUUUUGUUUUUACUUGUUAGCUGAUAGUUGAUAGGGCUUUAUUUAUUUGCGUGUAGGUCGAAUCUCGCUUUCCGAGAUGGGAACGUUGGCGAUUUGUAAUGUAGGAAACAAAUUUCUUGUAAGGAAAUUGGAUAAUAGAUUGAGAAGAAUUAAAAAAAAAAGAAUUAUAUCAAA